AUGUCAAAUGGAAGUUUGAGGAGAUGGCUAUAUCCUGGAAGAGGAGAUGAAUGCCAAUUAAUUUUGGCUGACCGAUUAAGAAUAGCAAAAGAGAUAGCACAAGGAAUGGAAUAUCUACAUCAUCGUUGCUUUGUUCAAGUCAUUCAUUGUGACUUAAAGCCUGAUAAUGUAUUGCUCGGGGAUGAUAUGACUCCAUAUAUAUCAGACUUUGGCAUUACUAAACUCUUGUUUGGGGCUUCAAUGAACUCCUUGACUUCUACAAAUGCACUAAUGGGAUCUACUGGCUAUAUUGCACCAGAGUAUGGAGUGGGUGGAAAGAUUUCAACAAAAGGAGAUUUAUACAGCUAUGGAAUUCUACUUUUAGAGUUGUUGACCAGAAAGAGACCUACAGAUGGCUUAUUUAUAGAAGGAACAAAUCUACCAAAAUGGGUAGAUAUGAACUUUCCAAAUAAUAUCAUAGAAGUUGUGGACACCAACCUACUUAGAGAUGUUAAAGAAUCAGAAUCAUCAAUGAUAUUGUCAUGCCUUACUCAAUUUAUGCAAGUAGGGUUGGCUUGCACAAGGGAGCUACCACAACAACGACCAAAUAUGAUGGAGAUAGUCAAAAGAUUAGAAAAGAUAAGAGUGGCAUUUAUUGGUGCACAAUCAUUGCAAUUGCCCAUAGAUAUUUUGUCUUUACUUGAGAGUACAAGUGAUCUAAAAAACACUAGUUCUAAGAGGGAUGAAAAUUGGUCUACAUCUACAUUUUAG